CUGCAUAUGAGCGCAAAUUAUGCAGCGAAUAUAUGUCUUCUUUAUGCUACAGUGGCACUGACAUCAUCGAAUUUCUAAGCGUCUCAGCUGCUCUAAUGAGAAUGAUGUGGGACCUGAUGUAAGCUCCCACCAUAGCUCAAACGCCGCCUUCGAGGGCAUAGGUAUUCUCAAAUGCAGCAGUGUUGAAGGAUGUUGGAGGCAGUCCUUCUUCGGAAGUGCGGGCCCAGCGGGGUUUGGGCAGGGCGCCAAUCGUGUGGUGAAUCCAGCUCAGAGAUUUCUUCCUCACGCGCCUUUUCGCAGUCCUUAAAAAGAGUCCCUAAUUCGUUUUGUAGAGAGUUUAGGGGCAUAGCUGACCGGAAGAAUGUGUGCCGACAAAGUGGCAGUAAAGUAAGGGCGGAGAACGGACCAGAAGACCUCCAUAUUCCCCUUCCUUUCAAGGCGGAAAUUCCAUGCGACAUUUGUCUGGGGAGUGGUUGGCUUAUAUGCGAUUUCUGCCGAGGAGAAAAGGUUAACAUACAAGUGAAGAAAAAGCUGUAUCGACGCUGUCCUUCCUGUCGAGCGGCAGGAGUGUUGAUGUGCCCCCGGUGUAAAGUGCUGCGUUGUGUGACUUUUCCGGAAGGAUCUGAUGGUGCAUUGCCGACAUAAGUAGGUAGGUUUGCGAUCUAGGGGAUCGCGAAUUACAUGAGCAGACAUUCAGUCGUAACGGUCGUGACAGACUCGCCAAUUAAGGUGGACAAAAGUAAUUGGAGUACAAAGUGGAUAUUCGUAGUCCUUAGCCAGACUCAUGCAUCUUGACGAGGCAAAUGGCCGGGCUAUUAUUUGUUCUUCAGUUUCCUUUCUUUUGCGUACGAAAUUGAUUAGUAUCACAGAGCUCACUGAGUAGAAUCGCUAGACCCAUCCCUGAGCAUCUUGAGAUCCAUUGAAGUAGUGAGCACUCGAAAUAUUUUUGGUCGUUUACCAACCGAAGCCCGCCGUGCGCGUCUCAAACCUACAAAAGUUAUGACCAUAUGUGGCGCAUACGCCCUGUAGCUGCAUUCCUG